AUGGAAUCUAUUAGAAACAUAGAGUUGAGCAAUUUUGAUUUUGAUCCAAUUGUUUUAUCGACAACAGGUGUUUCAUCCUGUAUUGCAGUGGUGAUCGAACUUGAAAAUAAGAUUAAAUUUGAUUGGUUCAACUUAAAAUCGACAACAGCAAGAGGUAAUAGUAAUGAAGCAAAUGACAACGAUAAUCCAAAUUAUUACACAUUCGACUGUACCAUAGUCUACGAUCGAUGGUCAACUCCUAGCAUUUUUGCUAUUUGGCAAUAUGGAGGUCGAGAAUAUGAAAUGUAUUCUGAUAGAUGUGAAUCAUUAUUACCAGCAAUAUAUGAAACCGAUUCAACAUCAAAAUAUCUUCGUGCAUUCAUAUGUCCAAGUGCAUCAAAUUAA